GGCGGGGGCCGGGUGCUGGGAGCCUGGCGGGCCGCGAACGUAGCUAUCGCGCUGGGGCCGCCGAGAUUGAGUGCCCGGGAUGAACCUCACCUGGAAAAAGGGCUUCUACAAGCAGGACGUCAACAAGACCGCCUGGGAGCUGCCCAAGACCUACGUGUCCCUGACGCACGUAGGCAGCGGGGCCUACGGCGCCGUGUGCUCAGCCAUCGACAAGCGGUCAGGGGAGAAGGUGGCCAUCAAGAAACUGAGCCGGCCCUUCCAGUCUGAGAUCUUUGCCAAGCGGGCCUAUCGCGAGCUGCUGCUGCUGAAACACAUGCAGCAUGAGAACGUCAUCGGACUCCUGGAUGUCUUCACCCCAGCCUCUUCUCUGCGCAACUUUCAUGAUUUCUACCUGGUGAUGCCCUUCAUGCAGACGGACCUGCAGAAGAUCAUGGGGAUGGAGUUUGGUGAGGACAAGAUCCAGUACCUGGUGUAUCAGAUGCUCAAAGGUCUUAAGUACAUCCACUCAGCUGGGGUCAUCCACAGGGACCUGAAGCCAGGCAACCUCGCUGUGAAUGAGGACUGUGAGCUGAAGAUUUUGGAUUUUGGGUUGGCACGGCAUGCAGAUGCAGAGAUGACUGGCUAUGUGGUGACCCGCUGGUACCGGGCCCCUGAGGUGAUCCUCAGCUGGAUGCGCUACAACCAAACUGUGGACAUCUGGUCUGUGGGCUGUAUCAUGGCAGAGAUGCUGACGGGGAAAACUCUGUUCAAGGGGAAAGACUACCUGGACCAGCUGACCCAGAUCCUGAAAGUGACGGGGGUGCCGGAUGCUGAGUUUGUGCAGAAGUUGAAUGACAAAGCGGCCAAAUCGUACAUCCAGUCCCUGCCACAAAGCCCCAAGAAGGAUUUCUCUCAGCUCUUCCCGCGUGCCAGCCCCCAGGCUGCAGACCUGCUGGAGAAGAUGCUGGAGCUGGACGUGGACAAGCGCCUGACCACCUCUCAGGCCCUCACCCACCCCUUCUUUGAAUCCUGCCGGGACCCUGAGGAGGAAACAGAGGCCCAGCAGCCAUUUGAUGAUUUCUUAGAACAUGAGAAACUCACAGUGGAUGAAUGGAAGCAGCACAUUUACAAGGAGAUUGUGAACUUCAGCCCCAUUGCCCGGAAGGACUCUCGGCGCCGGAGUGGCAUGAAGCUGCAGUGACCCGUCUAGCCCGACCCUCGGCUGAGCCCAGGAAUGGCCACAUGGUACCACCUGCCAGGCACUGCCCCUGGGACCAAUAUUUAUUUAUUGAAGUUUUAGCCCGUCUUGGAUUAUAGCCUUCCAAGUAGAGGACAGAGGACCCUUGUCCUUGUGUAGGAAACAGGCCUAGUAGAUGCAGAAUUCAGAGGUGUUGGUUGGGAGAAAAUAGCUAUGAUCAUAACUGGCCAUAUUAAAGCACCCAUCUGGAGAA